GAAAGGUAGUAGUAACAUGAAUGAACCAUCAAAAAGAGCUAUCAAUAGGAAAAGCAAAAGUUAAUAAUAAUAGUAACAAGUGGGAGAAAGCUGGUUUUGAGAUGCUGCUGAUCUCAAACAAGCAAAUAAUUUUUUUCAAUCAACCAUAAUUAUUUGAUGCAAAAUUAUUAGUUUGUUAUCUUCCUAAUAACUUCAAUGGCUUUAUUUUCUCUCUUUCUGCUCACACUUCUUCUGUUAAUAUCAUGUGCUGCUUGCCAACUUCAAGAAUUUAUCAGCAUUGAUUGUGGAGGAACAAGAAGUAACUACACUGACACAAGCACAGGGCUUAAAUGGAUUUCAGAUUCUGAGAUUAUGCAACAUGGAGAGAUAGUGGAAGUGCAAAACCCUAAUGAAAACAAGGUUCAGUAUCAGAAUAGGAGAGAUUUUCCAACAGAUAGCAGAAAAUAUUGUUACACACUUGAGACUGAGGAGAGAAGAAGGUAUUUGGUUAGAGCAACUUUUCAGUAUGGAAGCUUGGAAAAUGGAGAUACAUACCCUCAGUUUCAACUUUACUUGGAUGCAACUAAAUGGGCUACUGUUUCAAUUAAUGAGGACUCAAGAAUAUAUGUUAAAGAAAUGAUUUUUAGGGCACCUUCAAAUUCUGUUGAUGUUUGCAUGUGCUGUGCUACUACUGGCUCUCCUUUCAUAUCUACCCUUGAGCUUAGGCCUUUGAAUCUUUCUAUGUAUGCCACUGAUUUUGAGGAUGAUUUCUUCUUGAAAGUAGCUGCAAGAAUUAACUUUGGUGCUCCAACUGAGGAUGCUGUCAGGUAUCCAGAGGACCCAUAUGAUAGAAUAUGGGAGUCUGAUCUUGUGAAAAGACAAAAUUUUCUUGUUGGGGUGGCCCCAGGCACAGAAAGAAUUAACACAACAAGGAACAUAGAAAUAGAGACAAGAGAAUAUCCACCAGUUAAGGUGAUGCAAACAGCAGUUGUUGGCACAAAAGGAGUACUUAGCUACAGACUGAACCUAGAAGACUUUCCUGGUAAUGCUAGAGCUUAUGCAUAUUUAGCAGAGAUUGAAGAUCUGAGUCAGAAUGAGACUAGGAAAUUCAAAUUGGAACAACCUUAUAUAGCUGACUAUAGCAAUGCAGUGGUGAACAUAGCUGAGAAUGCUAAUGGUAGCUACACUCUUUAUGAACCAAGUUACAUGAAUGUCAGUCUUGAAUUUGUUCUUUCCUUCUCCUUUGUCAAGACCCGCGAUUCGAAUAGAGGACCUCUGCUAAAUGCAAUGGAAAUAAGCAAAUACCAAGAAAUUGCUUCAAAGACCUUUAAGAAAGAUUCAAACAUUGUAAAUGCAUUUGCUUCCUUGUCUGACGAAAGUGUCCCAAAGAAUGAAGGCGAUCCUUGCGUUCCAACUCCUUGGGAGUGGGUGAAUUGUAGUACCACUACACCUCCUAGAAUUACAACAAUAAACUUGUCACGAAGAAACAUGACUGGUGAAAUUCCACCAGAGCUCAACAACAUGGAAGCCUUGACAGAAUUGUGGUUAGAUGGAAACUUGCUUACAGGACAACUACCAGACAUGAGCAAUCUUAUCAAUCUAAAAAUUGUGCAUCUCGAGAACAACAAAUUGACUGGUCCGCUUCCGUCUUACCUUGGUAGUUUGCCAAGUUUACAAGCAUUGUUCAUACAGAAUAACUCAUUUUCAGGGGAAAUACCAGCAGGAUUAUUAUCUAGAAAAAUCACAUUCAUCUAUGAUGAUAACCCUGGACUGCAUAGAAAGAACAAAAAGCAUUUUAAGUUGAUCAUAGGAAUUUCUAUUGGAGUACUAUUGAUUCUAUUAGUCCUGUUCUUAGCAAGUUUGGUGUUAUUGCAUAACCUGAGAAAAAAGGCUUCUCAAAAGAAAAGUGAUGAAAAAGGUAUUUCAGGACGUAGUGGUACUAAACCAACCGGAUACUCUUUCGGUCGGGGUGGGAAUUUAAUGGAUGAAGGUACUGCAUACUAUAUUGCUCUCUCAGAAUUGAAAGAAGCUACAAAUAGUUUUUCAAAGAAAAUUGGAAAAGGAAGCUUUGGAUCUGUCUAUUAUGGGAAAAUGAAAGACGGAAAAGAGAUCGCAGUUAAGACUAUGACCGAUCCAUCCAGUCAUGGGAACCACCAAUUUGUAACUGAGGUAGCCCUCUUAUCAAGAAUUCAUCACAGAAACUUGGUUCCUCUCAUUGGAUAUUGUGAAGAAGAAUAUCAACAUAUUCUGGUUUAUGAGUAUAUGCACAACGGAACUCUUAGAGAUCACAUUCAUGAUUGUUCGAGUCAGAAGCAAUUAGACUGGAUAACUCGUCUUCGAAUUGCAGAAGAUUCUGCCAAAGGUCUUGAAUACUUACAUACAGGAUGCAAUCCUAGUAUCAUUCACCGAGACGUAAAGACAAGCAACAUUCUCCUAGACAUCAAUAUGAGAGCAAAAGUGUCAGACUUCGGACUCUCGAGACUAGCCGAAGAAGAUUUAACGCAUAUAUCAAGUGUUGCAAGGGGAACUGUAGGCUACUUGGAUCCUGAGUACUAUGCAAAUCAGCAAUUGACUGAAAAAAGUGAUGUAUAUAGUUUUGGAGUUGUUCUGUUGGAACUGAUAUCUGGAAAGAAGCCGGUAUCACCAGAAGAUUAUGGUCCAGAAGUGAAUAUAGUUCACUGGGCAAGAUCUUUAAUUCGUAAAGGCGAUAUAAUUAGCAUUAUGGAUCCUUUGCUAAUUGGAAAUGUCAAAACUGAGUCAAUUUGGAGAGUUGCUGAAAUUGCCAUGCAAUGUGUAGAAUCACAUGGUGCUUCAAGGCCAAGGAUGCAAGAAGUGAUUUUGGCUAUACAAGAUGCUUCCAAGAUAGAAAAAGGAACAGAAAAUCAGCUAAAAAUAUCAUCCUCAGGUGAUUCCAAACCACAAUCUUCAAGGAAAACUUUGCUCACAAGCUUUCUUGAAAUUGAGAGCCCUGAUUUGUCAAAUGGUUGCCUUCCAUCAGCAAGAUAAUUUUCUCUUUUAAUUUCUUCUUAUUAAUAUCAAGGCACCUACCUACAUAAUAAGACCUUCUUUAGGCGGGUUUUGUACAUUAUUUACCACUAUUUUUGUCCAUCCUCGUAUACUAUUAAAUAUGUUUAUAUUUACAACAUAGUGAAACUCAUUGACUAGUGACAAGAUUAAAGAGUUCUUUAA